AUGGGCUACCGUAAACUGGGUUCGCGUAAGGCCCAGUGGAAAUGUCCCGAUUGUCGAGUUUUGGAGCAGUCAUCGCCGUUAAAAAGUGCCGAGGCUGCUUCACUUGAUUCUAUCAUGCAGGAACUAAAAUCCAUCCAGCGUCAGCUUGAAGGUAUGCCGGGCCUUGUGCGAGAUGUCAAGGAUAUAAAGAAGGAAAUCGACGAGCUCAGAAAAGCCUGUGAUUUCAACAGCGCAUCACUAGAUGACCAUAAGAAGCGGUUGGACAAAACUGAGAGCAAAUUAUCGGAAUUGACGAGUAUUAAAGGCGAUAUUCAGUCUAUAAACAAAGAGCUGGACACCCUCAAGGGCGAUAAUCUAAGUAAGGACCAGUGGCAGCGUCUUAACAACGUUGAGGUAAAAGGAGUACCCCAAAGGCAAAACGAAGAUUUGUUCAAAAUCCUCGAUCAGAUAUCAAUAGCGAUUGGCUACCCAGUCCAGAAAACAAGCGUUAAUUACAUUUCUCGGGUGCCAACAUACAAUAAUAAGGAGAAACUGAUCAUUGUAGGAUUUAUCCACCGCUACGUAAAAGAGGAUUUUGUCGCUUCUGCUCGUGCAAAAAAGAAACUUAUUGCUAGCGAAAUCGGCUUUGUUGGGAACGCGCAGAAUAUCUUCAUAAACGACCAUCUAACCCCAGAUUACAAAAAGUUGCUUACCUCUGCAAAGACGUCACUAAAGCCGAAAGGUUAUAUGUAUAUAUGGGUGAAGUACGGGAAAAUACACGUGCGGAAGGACGAUGCGUCUAAAAUAUUCGUUAUUAAUAAUCAGGCAGAUUUAAACAAACUAUUGUAG